AUGGCGAUUCACUCCCAUCUUCCUGGACAACAGGCCCGCCAGCGAAAGGAGAAACAAAGCUCGCCCAAACUUCUAUUCGUUGCGUUUGAUGGGACGUGGCAUGGCAGCGUCAAAAGCUCAAAGGAGACAGUAGUAUCCAGCCUGCCCGAUCUCAUCUCCAAGAGCGAGCACAUUCGGAAGAUUCGGGUCAACGGAGUAGGCACUGAUGGUUUGACAGACAAGAUUCUUGGAGGUCUUGGUGGUUGGGGUACGCGUCGGAAUGUCGUCACCGCCUAUAGGAAUAUCGCCGACGAUUACAACAAGGGUGAUAGGAUCAUCUUCUGUGGCUACUCUCGAGGUGCAUGGGCUGCUCGCUAUCUAGCGAUGAUAAUUGGCUGCUUAGGCCUGGUUCGCGAUGGCGACACGGAGUUCUUCAAGCGCUUGUAUGACGUGUGUAAGAAAGACCCGUAUCUUGCCGAAGCUAAUAAGGAUGAGCUUCGACACAAUUACCGCUUCUGGGAUGACAUACAAAUCGACGGCUUGUGUUGUUUUGAUACAGUUGGUUCGCUGGGUAUCCCACUAUUUGGUAUUGCAAAGCCGCUAUCCUAUCUUCACCGAAGUAAGUAUAAAACCAAGGUCAUAGACCAUGUUCCAAAUAAUGUGAAAUAUUCCUUCCAUGCCCUGGCCCUUCACGAAACCAGAAGUCCUUAUAGUCCAACUUACAUGUGUGGACACAACGUCCACCAGGUUUUCUUCCUAGGCGAUCAUGGUAACAUGGGUAAGCUUGGACAACAGGAAGGCCUUGUACAUGCCCCUCUCGCUUGGAUGGUUCAACAACUAUCUUCCCACCUGGGUGUUUCAUUCGAUGAAGAUAAACUCAGAAGACGCUUCCCAAGCUGCACUACUGAAGGCCAGAAUGAGAGGAUCUCUCAACUACAUACCCACGACACCACCCACGAAGCCAUGAUGAAACAUGCCUGGUGCUGCCCGAGUGGAUCUAUCCUUGGGGCUGGAGUCGGCAGGCUAGUCAUCAUGGGUAGAAAAGAUCGGAACCCAGGAAUGGUUCUCAACUCCUGUGAUGCCGAUUGCACUGACUCUAGCACGGAGGAAUCCAUUCAGAAUGAAACUGCUUCGGCUCAUGCUCAGAUACAUAUCGGCGCUCGUGGAAGACAAGAAUGUGGCUUUACCGAUGCGGUGCCUGGGUAUCUUGGUGUUCAGCCUAUGGAUCCAAACCAGGUGUUUUUCUGGAAGAGAAGAGCGACAGGGGAGCAGGAAGUUGUGGCUGCGGAUGUCAUUCAGGAGGCAAAGGUUGGGUUUCUGGAAGCGAGGCUCUUGGGACUUCCUGUGGCGGCAGCUAGUCACCCAGAAUGCUGUGGUCUGAACCAGAUACGAGAAGAGGAGAUUGAUGCUGAAGUCUCAGUUGAGAAUGAAGAGAUACGAGACUCGAAUUUGAAGCAAGGUACACGGGUCAGGGCUAAGAACUGGGUUGAAAGACGGUUAGGUGUUGGCUUAAUACGUCUAGCUGUGAUGCUGUGA